AUGACCCGCCGCGGCAAAUCGCCGGCGGAUCCUGAAUCCCUGCCACUCCACGAGGACAUGCUCCGGGAGAUCCUCCUCCGCCUCCCGCCGCGGCCAUCCUCCCUCCUGCGCGCCUCCGCGGUCUGCAAGCACUGGCGAGGCCUCGUCACCGACCCCCGCUUCCUCCGCCGCUUCCGCGCCCACAAAGGGAAGACGCCGCUCCUCGGCGUCUUCGAGCCCCACAUCUGGACCAUCAGGUUCAGAUCCACCUUGGACACCCCAGACCGCAUACCUCAGGAGCGCUUCGACGCGAGGGAUCUAUCUGGCAGCAGCCACAAGAUCAAACUGCUCGGGUGUCGCCACGGUCGUGCGCUCCUCUUGGAUGUGGAGAGGCGUAAGGUCAUUGUGUGCGAACCCAUCACCGGACAACGGCCACCUGCACGGCUGUUCAGAGGGCUAUACAACUAUGGGGCUGGACUUUCCCCCUUCUACGCUCUCAAGGCCCUACAGUAG